AGCGAAGAUAACUUGACUAGAAAGAAGUCAUGAAUACCACAUUCCGUUCGUGCAGAGGACUUUCACUUUGAGUGCGAUUGUCAACUCAUUGAUAUUCAGAAACUCUUCAAUGCAGAUCAUGGGUAUAUUGUUACAAGGCAAAUAACGCAGCCACAUUGAAUAUACGUGUGAAGUUUGUAACAAAAGACGAUUCUUAGCAUACAACCAUGGUCGAACCAACGAUGGUACAUCAAGGAAGACUAAAUUCAACGCAGUAGGUAAAUGAUACGUAUGAAAUCAUAUGUGCAACAUUUAUAUUGAUUUAUAUGGACCGACAUAUCAAGCGUCACGAAUAUUUUAACAUUGCUGAAUUAAUCUAGAUUUAACCACGCAAAUUCGCAAAACUCACGACAUCUUAAACUGUUUCUUAUAUUUAGAAAAUGUUCUCUGGUAUAUAUAUAUAUAAGAAUAUGUGUUAUACAUCCAUUCCAGUAAUGUGGUGUAGGGCCGUAGUGCUCGACAAAAUUAAUACUAUAUACAGCCUACAGGAAAUGAGCCUGGCAGACAUUAUAUUUAGUUUGAGAUCAUGUGAGUACAAGUUAUUAAGUUCGUUAUGAUGAAUAAUUUCCUAUUUUUUAUCAUGUUUCAAUCUUGAUUGUCCCAAAAGUUGUUUAGAAAUCAGAUUCAUAUUUUGAUCGAACGGAAAAAGCACAUCAUCAUAAGUUGAUGUCAUAUUAAGAUCUAAUGAUUCCGCGCGGUUAGACUUCUAUUUAAGUUGUUAGUCGAUGUGGCAAGAAAAUUCAUGCAAUUAUGCAAUGCAGCGCUUUCUAAGCGUGAUUAUUGAGACUGGAUGAUUUAAUGUUGUAGUCGCGGUCCGUAUAUCGUCAGAUCGUCCACUUCACUGUUCAGUGAGCACUUUAGACGUGUUGAUAUCAUAAUUGUACAGUCAAAGUAUUUGUAAAUCGGGAUUAUUUUGUAUGCAUGAACUUGUACGAACUUGUAGCAAUAUUGAUUGGUAUAGUUAUAAUAAAUUGUUUUCAUUGACAUGCAUGCUUUACAAGUAUUAUUAAAUACUGGUAUCCUAUUCAAUUACGAUUUACGUCAAGUAAUGGAUAUCACUAUUUCAGUAGCUAUAUAAUUGUAUCGAUAGAUUCGAUACUGAUCUCUGGUGUACUUCAAACUUCCGAUUCCUGCUUGUGAAUUCAUGAGAAAGUUUCAUACUGUGCCUUAACGUGUCAAUGUAUUGAAUAUGUAUUCUUAAUAUGAUGGACCAUAAUUGGCGCGCGAAGUUUGCCAUGAAUACAAGUGCAUUGUGUACGAAUGUGACGCAUGAUUAGAGGUGAUUCGUUUACAAGUCUCAAACAAAGAGUGUUUUCUGUAAGAUCAUGCUCUGCCAAUAUCUUGGGCUGUAAUUGUCACAUUCUACUUCCUUGACUUUACUUGGAAGUUUAACUUUGUAUUUGUUUCUGCUCUCAUUCUGAUAUUUACUUCUUUGCUAUUGGUUCAUAUAUACAGCUAAUUAUUCCUACAGUUAUUAAAUGACCAAAGAUGGAUUUUCAACACUCUCGGUAAAAAGCUGAGCUGCUGUUUGUUUAUAUCAUGGCGCUACGGCCAGUGUAGGUGAUAGAACAACCUGAAAAUACAAACAGAACGUCUCGAAGGGCCUUCGUUCGAAACGUCGAAUCUGUUUAUAUUUUUCAGAUAUAACUGUACAAAUAGCACACUAUGCGUGUGAAUGCGUGGCACUUGAUAUACAGAUCAUUAGUCACAAAAGAUAUAUGUGAAAAACUGACCUAGAACUAGAACCGAAAAUAACUCCUCAGAGACUACAAUUCAGGGCCUUAGGAAGCUCUUUUUUAAAUUCAAACUCUCUGAAAUGCCAUUUCCUGGACUUUGGGGAAGAUUUGACAGAAUUCUGAUAGUCAGAAAACAGCGUUUUAGACUUUUAGUAUGUCUAAAUUUACAAUUUAGUAGUACCAAAUGGGCGAAGGCGUAUUUACUAUUUACUAUUAACUAUAUAUUGAAUAAGUUGCAAGAAAAUAUGGGUAAUAUCUUCAUUCUUUGUAGUUUGUCACGGAUUAUUAGCAAAUUAUUGGGGGGAGGGGGCGGGCUGCAGCCCCCAGCCCCCCUGUUGCUACGGCCCUGCAAUUCCUGAAUUUUCGUUCCAUAAAUGGCAAAUUUGAAAAACAUUGGGAGCAAAAUGAAUUGGAGCGCAAUGCAGUGAAGGAACAUUACUAGCCUCGCGGAGUAUGAUUCGUUUUUGUGUAAGUGAAGUUUGUUCUACCGAUUGCCUCUCUGGCUGCAGUGCCAGGGGUUUCUGACGAGAAAAUAGUCGUAGGACUAGAAAAACUCAUGGAGACCUCUGCCGAUGAAAGAGACAGGUUCUACUCACUACGAAAGUGAAAAAGGUGAUGCAUGAAUUCAUUGAAUCAUCCAUGACCAUGUGAAUGCAAUUAGAUCCGUGCUAUUUAUUCAAGAAAAAUAUUUCUGGAGAAGUCAGACAAAAAGGCAGUUACUUCUGAGCCUUUAUAGUAUUUUUGUGGGAGGCAACGUUUGUUGAAAUGGGCACUGGUUUACUGUACUUGUAGCUUUUUUCGGCAUUGAUUGGAACAACUUUAUUCGAUCAUUGCAUGACGCUAGACUGAUCCUUAUUCGUCACUUGGUUCAACCUCCUGUCUUUCUCGAUUAAUUGUUUCAUCGUAGAACAGCUGCUUGCAUGUCUCAAACUCUUUGAAGAAGCCCAAAACAAAGAUCAUAAAUUAUAUUCAUUAGUUCCUGAGGAAAUACUUUGUUUGUAACUAUUCCUUAAAACCGGUUUUCCACUAGGCGGCUAAUUAGAAAAGACAAAGAAAAAAUUCCGCUCCGCGCGCAAAAUUCCGCCUAGUGGAAAACAGGCUUAAGACGGUGCAGUAAAUUCUCUCCACCUCGAAUUCGAACUGAUCGGUAUAAGCGAGGGGCAUUUCACUUCAAAAAUUCCGUACACUUCGUCAAAAAAUCCGGAAAAAAAUCCGAACAAAUCCGGAAAAUCCAACAGAUUUUCUCUUCAAAAAUCCGCUAAAAAUCCGCUAAAAAAUCCGCGGAUUUUUAAAAAUCCGAAAAUCCCGUACGCUUCGUAAAAAAAUCCGGAAAAAAUCCGAACAAAUCCGGAAAAUCCAAACAAAUCCGGAAAAUCCAACAGAUUUUCUCUUCAAAAAUCCGCUAAAAAAUCCAGGAAAAAUCCGAAAAUCCCGUACGUUUUUUUGGAGUGAAAUGCCCCUCGGGUAUAAGAACUCAUUCAUAAUCGCUAAUAGUCUUCAACAAUAGUCUAAUUCUUUUUAAUUGUAAUAUAAUCUAAUUUAAUUUUAUUACCUGUUAUGUACAUAUUAGGUUAUUCAUUACUGUACAUCGUAUAUAAUUCAGUUGUUUUUAUUGUAACCGCAAAUUACGAUUAUUAAAAUCAAUCAAUCUCACUUUCUCGAUCAUAGUGAUUCUGAUAGUUCAAUGACGCCACUAUCAAGCACAGACUGGAUUUCCUUGCGUACCUCUCCGCAUGGGUAUUCUAAAUGAUAAGGCAUUUCCUGUAUCGAUAGAUUGUUGGGUCACACUCAAUUCUCCUAAACCGGUCUUUCCUCUUGAAAUUGCACUCAAAUGUCGGCGACUAAGUAAUCCAUAGACCUCGAAUUCAUCUUCCUGUUGCCGUGACAGGGAUGGUUCUCUAUAUAUUGACUAGUCCAACCAUUUCUUGUACCAUGUCCGAAUCCUUGUUUUCCUGAGUGGUAUCAUCCAAUGUUUCCGCAUGUCUUGUUUUCUUGAUAUCACCGUAGCAGACGACGUGGUAACAUGAAUGCGGAUCUCAAAUUUCUUCUUGUCCAGUUUCUAACAAGGAAUUUCAUUUACCGAUCGUGCUUCUUCUAACGGGCGUGGAAUGCGGAUUUGAAAACUCGAACUGGAAGGGCACGGUAUGUCAAUGUUAGGAAGGCGUUCUUUUUGACAUGUUGACUUGGAAACCUUCGUAACUUUUUUGAGAAGAGUUUCAAAUUCCUUGUUCAAGCUCAUCAUUUUAGUUCAUAUGUGCAUGCACCGAAUGAUUACCCGCUCCUUAUUUGCUGCAUUCACAAGAUGGCUUUCUAUUUUUCCAAGACCUGUAGGUCAUGGCCUCUUUGAUAGCAUCCAAUGCUUCAUAAUAAAUCCAGUUGUACAUGUAGUUCUUCUUUCUCACUUAAAGUGACAAUUCGAGUGUUGGAAUGGCUACGUCGUUAGUCAUGCAGGCAGAUAUAGUUCUUUUUCUCUUUUCCAACACUACCAUGCUCCUGUAGCUUCGUGUGUUCUGGAAUACGGCUUUCGUCAUGUUGUACUCCAGGUAAUUUUCCUGCUUUGCUGACUAUAGAAGCUAAUUUAUUAAUUUUUCAAGCGAUCUGAGUUCCUGUACGCAAAUCGGCAAAUCUUCUCAAAGCUUGAUGUAUAGCUAGCUCUGCCGUCAGAUUCAUUGCAACCAGCUUGAACGUUUCAAAAAGAGAUUUUAGUUUUUGGGCAUAUUUACCAUUUUCCCUCCAUACACAUCUGUACCGAUGUAACAUCCCUUAAAUUUUUGAUGAGCAGCGAUGAGCUCGAGAAAAGAGAGCCUCGUUUAAUACUCCUUAGCAUUUGUUUCGGACAAUUAGCGAGACCAUCUGGCCGAAGGGGGAUAACGAAUCAUCUCUCAUCAGAAAAUAAUGUCAACAAUAUUUACAUGGGGGUUUAAUUAAAUUAAAUAGCGGCAAUUCUGGUGAGCUGGCAAGUGGAAGUGACGUUGGAGGUGAAGUGGUUAGCGUAUAUGAAUAUAAGUUUAAAAACAAUUGUUAUACCACAGAUGGUAAAUUUCGCUAUAGAAUAUAUUAUACUCAAAAUAUAUAUCGUAGGUAAAAAUACUUUACAUUUUAUUUCAAGACACCUGAAAUUUACAUUGCUCCUUCUCUUUACAGCUUUUGGUAAUGUUUCGCGGUUCCUGUUAUCGCUGGACAGUGUGGUAUUACGUAUUUCUCAUUCUGCAUUUCACUAGAAUAUCCUGCAGCACUACUGGGAGCAAAGAGGAUACAGCUGGAAUAAUAGACGGAAAUAUCGUAUUAGGUGGUCUGUUUAGAAUACGAAAGAUAAAUGGGUUCAAUAAAUGCAAUAAGGACGUUGAGGUACAAGUUGGCAUUCAAAGAGUUGAAGCAAUGUUGUAUGCUAUUCACGAAAUUAACAAAGAUCAAAAAUUGCUACCAAACGUGACGUUAGGCGCAGAAAUACGGGAUACGUGUAGUCUGAAGACCAAAGCACUGGAUGAGUCACUUAAGUUCAUUUUGGACUCGCUGACUUUACGUUCAAGCUCGCAACAAAGUGGGCAAUGUUUGAGAAAUACAACAAAGGAUGUAGUAGGGGUAGUUGGUGCAUCUCGAAGUACAUUGUCAAUUGAGGUGGCUAAGUUAUUUCGUUUGUUCAAAAUUCCUCAAGUGAGUUAUGCAUCAACAAGUCCGGAGUUGAGUGACAAGAAGAAAUACAGCUACUUUGCAAGAACUGUUCCUUCAGACUCACUCCAAGCACUAGCCAUGUUAGAUGUUGUGAAAGAAUUCCAGUGGGGUUCCGUGUUCACUAUCAACUCGGCUGGAAGUUAUGGUGAAAUGGGAAUUAAGGAAUUCAAGAGACUUGCAAAGCCAGAGAACAUUUCUGUGUGCGUUGUGUUGUCCGAGCAAGUGACAGAUAAAUCUACAAGUGAAGAUUAUGAAAAGAUAAUAAAAAGGUUUAAUAAGUUUCCAUCAACUCGAGUUGUUAUCUUGUUCAUGAAAGAUAAUCAUUUAAAAAUGUUGCUAAAGGCGGCAAGAAAACAAAACUACACAAAUAAAGUAUGGAUUGCAAGUGACGAAUGGGGUACUCGGACGGAUGUAGUAAAGUACUUCAAUCAGUCAGACGCAAUCACCCUCACAUUGCCAUCAUUACAGUUGACAAAAUUUGAAAAAUAUUUUCGAAACUUGAAUGGAAGCAAUCCGAGAAGAGAGAAUCCUUGGUUUCAACAAUACUGGCAACAAUGUGGUGAUUCAAUUUGCGAUACAACAUUCAAUGAUAAACUACCAUAUGUUAUUGAUGCAGUUUACGCAUUUGCUCAUGCCCUUCACGAGAUGUACGAGAAUAAAUGCCCCAACAAGACUGGACUAUGCAAAGCGAUGACACCAGUCAAUGGUACUGAACUUAGAGAUCGUAUUCUUAAAGUAAAGUUUGAAGGAAAAUCAUCAUGUAAUGUCUCAUUUCAUGAUAAUGGCAAUUCCAAAGGGAAGUAUAUUCUCUUUCAUUACACGAAACAUGAUCACUAUAACAAGCUUGGAGAAUGGCAGGAUGAGCUAAAUUUAACAAACUGUUCUUUAAGUUCAAGAUUGAGGAACAUUAAAUCGACUUGUAAUGAUACAUGUAAUCCAUGGAGCAGAAAACUUGCUAAGAAAGGAACGACAUGUUGUUUUAAAUGUCUCAAUUGUUCGAACAAGGAAAGACAGUAUGUUGGUAAGAAAAUCGAUCCUUUUCCCAAGUAUAUUCGAACGUAUCAGAUCGCCCCUUCAUGAAAAAUUAACACUCUCUUUCUGUCAGUUGAGCUGGGAAAUAGCAAGCACUCUGUACCAGCUAUUUUUUAUUGUGUGGGUUGAUUAAUACAGUGGAGUACAACAGGAUAUACUGCAUUACUCAUUCCUCUAAAUAAUGAACGGACCAGUUAUUUUGCUUCAACAAACCAACCACAAAACAAUAAUUUUUCGUAGGAUCCAUUGCGAUCGAACUUUUCUCCAAGACCAUACUUUGCCAUCUUCUGAUAAAAUAUUUUAAUGAGUAUUAAAAAUAUAUGAAAUCUCGUAUCGCAACCUAGGCACUUUUAAAAUGCACAUACAGCUAUUUUGAAUUUUACAUAUUUGUAAUAUCCAGUACAUUUUAAGAUGAAAUGCAAUAUAUUUUCUUUGUGAAAAACAUCAUCUUCAUGGUCGUUUUGGCUGUUUAAGUUUCCGGAACUGACGUCAUUUAAGGCAAUGUAAACGAGUUUUCUAUUGCUUCUUGCAACAAAAAUGACUUAAAUGACAUCAGUUCCAGAAACACUUUAACAGCCAAAAGGACCAUGAAGAUGACGUUUUUCACAAAGAAAAUAUAUUGCAUUUCAUCUUAAAAUGUACUGGAUAUUACAAACAUGUAAAAUUCAAAAUAGCUGUAUGUGCACUUAUAAAGACGAUAACACCUUACCAUACUACCAAAUGUUUAAUUUUUCGGCUAAAAUUAUUUGCUUUACGCUAAUAUUCGCCGACGUGAUUGGAACUCUACAUCAUCUCCCUUUUAUAAAUCAAUAUUUCUCUUGUUUACUUUUUAGAAAACGAAGCGAAAUGUAUCGACUGUGGAAGUACUCAAAGACCCAAUGCCAACUACAGUGGGUGUGAGGAUCUACCAUUACGUCAUAUCUCUAACAGAUGGUUCAUUACCAUUACAUGCUUUGCUUGCCUGGGAGCACUGUUUACGUUGAUUGUAACUGCGUUAUUGCUAUACAAUAUAACUACACCAUUGGUAAAAGCAAGUGAAAGAGACUUAAUAUUCCUCUUACUACUUGGAGUUUUCCUGAAUUAUAUAAUGGCAAUCGUCUUUGUGAACAAAGCAACUACUGUUAUCUGUGCCGUACAACGAUUUGGCAAUGGAUUUUCCGCUACCAUAUGCUAUGCUUCUCUUCUCAUAAAAAUCGAUCGCAUUGGAAGAAUAUUUACGACACGAAAUAUAAAAUCUGUACAUUUUACUAAAUCACACACCCAACUGGUUUUCGUUUUUCUGUUAAUUGCGGUCGAAGCGAGUUUAGCGUCUGUUGGACUAAUUAUAAAACCUCCAGAAGUUAUCACCGUUUUGCCUACUAGCGAAGAUAUUUUUGCAAAAUGUAACUUUGGAAGAUUGGAAUACAUGACUUCAUUACCGUAUAACGCAUUAUUAAUCCUGCUAUGUACAUUCUGUUCAUUCCGUAUUCGAAAAAUAACGUCCAUGUUCAACGAAGCCAAGUACAUUGGUUUGGUUAUGUAUAGUACGUGUAUUAUAUGGAUUGCACUUCUUCCUGUCCAUUUUGGGACAUCAGGAAGUUAUGAACCAAUUACAAUGGCUUUAAAAACGACAUUGAAUGCAACUACAAUACUUGUGUGCCUAUUUGGACCAAAGGUCUAUAUUAUAGUUUUCAGACCUUUCAGAAAUGUAGAAAGAUCCGCAAGCGUUAUCGUAAAUAACUCUGUAACAGAUCAACAGAGUAAAGGUUAGUUCAAAUUAAAUCACUUUAACCAGGCUAAUAGUUCUGAAGAAAUGUUAGUUGAUAUCGUGUCCAUUUGUUUUCCUCUAACAGCUGUAACUAAUCAAACAAUCACACUAUGUGUUCCUGAUGCAUUAGCUUCUGGUCCAGGUCCAGGGGUAUGAUUAGAGAAUUUGAGUAUGACAUGUUUCUGUAAAUACGGACGUUACUUGUACUCAUUCAGCCUCAGUAGUCAAUCUGCCGCUUUCUACUAUCAGAAAAGGAGAUUAAAAGGAAAGUGGGCAUGCAGUAUAACAUUGGAAUGUGAGAGAUAAUCAGUUAGUCUGAAAUGUGUCUAUGUCGUUGUUUGUUCGAUAAACAGUGGUCGUUUUUUAUUUUAAGCAAGGCUUAAAAUAAAGAAUGACUACUGAUGAUCGAACAAAAAACUUACACAUGACCUGUUGGUAUCCAUGCUGAUGGGUUUAAAACCCCGAUCAAACGAUGAGAGAUUAUGAGAGUUGGCAUUCACGAAUUGUUGCAGGGGACAUUCCAAGCUCUAGAUUAACAAAAUAAAGUUUGAUGAGUGUUCUAACUGUGUUUUACCUUGAGGUGCUCGAUUUCAUUACACAAGAAUCGCAAACACAAAACGUUUAAUUAUGCUACAUGAACAAAUCGGGAUGACCAUUCAUGUCCGCGGAAAUAUUAACGUAAGGCUUACAUAUAUGACCUGGCCACAGAGUAGAUACUUAUAGAGGUGGAGCUGGCCGUUGUAAACACUGCGGAAACUUACAUUUUCAUGUACCCACUUUUUUUCAGGCGACCGGGCAAAAAAUGAUCAACUGCGCGUGCUCAGCAAGUUCCGCGAGCAGUUAAAGCGAGCCGCCAUCCAAUGGGGAUGCAUGCAUCUAGUAACUUGCCAUUUGCAGACGUCAUGCGCUAUAUCUGACUAUUUCGUGCGGUGACUUAUGUUGAAAUUUUGGUAAUCGUUCCAUGUUUUGCGCACCAAUACAGUAAACGUUAUGUAAUGGAUAUUAAAGUGUACUGAAAAGUUAACUGGAUACCUCCAUACACAUGUAUACACACCCUAACCCUAACCUUAAACCUAACCCCAGCCCUAACCUAAUUCCUAACCCCUAACCCAAACCUAUAUUGGUGCGCGAAACAUGGAACGAUAACCGAAAUUUUUUACGCUGUAUUGUACUGCACAAGUCUUGCAAUGCAUAUAAAAAAAUAACAAAGAGUGUAAAGUGCAAUGCAAAAAAAACCCCGAAGGAAACGACAUUUUUGCACUUUUCAAAAAAAUGGCACUACAGAUUUUUUUUAUAUUUUGCUCAUUGUUAGUCUAUAGUGUACAUUGUUAAUCUAUGUUGUGCGAACACCCUGAUAUCCGCAUGAUAAAACCUAAAAAUACGAUGUUUAAAACUGUCAAAAUUUUAUACACCUGACGUUUUGAAAACUGUGUCGAGCCACCUUAAAUACAAUACAUGACAUUGUUGAGAAAGCAUUAAGAACAGCUAAACCAAGAUCGCGUGACUGCUAAUUCUCAUGCACUCUCAUCCUCCGCUUGAUCCGGGCGUAAGCUUAAAAGAUUCAUAUUGACUCUCAACCGAAUUAACCACGCACAGAGGGACUGACGAUAACUCCAACCUGUGAGCCUUCUAUGAGCGUUGUAUUGAAAGAACCAAAGCAUAAUACUAAUAUUGUUGUUCUUUUUCAUCAGUAAUUGGUCAAUCCAGACACGUUAGAGAAAAGCCUACAGACUCUCAAGAAACGCCAGUGAACUCAAGCAAACAAACUCCAAAAGACCAAAAGUGCGAACAGGUUAAUUUGGAAAUUAUAAUUCUGAAAAAUAUCGUAAAUGCAAACAUCAACCCACUCACAGACGAAAAGAAAUCUGAAUCAGAAAAUGAAACUUCGCAAUCACAAGACGGUGAAAAAAUAUUAUAAUAAGAAGCAUUAGUAUAAUUACAUAGGUGAUUAUUGAAAAUUCUCCACGCUGACUGGUUGCCGUUCAGGUGAUUAUAACGCGAUAAUCACCUAAGCGAUUUUCGAAAUGGCGGCCGAAACCGUUUUGUCAAUUAAAUCACGAAGAAAUGUGUAUUUUUAAUUUUUUUUUCCCAAAUAAUCACCUAUGAAAUUAUACUAAACAAUUAUAUAUUCACCUCAGGCUCGGUGAUUCUCGUGAAUAAAACCUCAACUUCAUCUCGGUUUUUAUUCAACGAUAAUCACCUCGCCUUCAGCGAAUAAUUGUUAAUUACAUGCAACAACACUACGUUCGUAAUUUGCAGUCACACAUGUAAAUAUAUUGUGUAUAUAUUUAUUCUCAGCCUGAUUCUCCAUAAUUGUCUUCUUUGUAACAUUAGUAUAGUACAAAAUGGUCUAUACUACACAUAUAGUUCGUGCCGAUUUAAAAAAAAAAGAAGAUUUUAAAAUAAAUUAUUAUAUGAUCUAUUUGAACAAUUAUAAGUGAAUGUUACUUUUUUGGUAAUUCCACCACAGUCGUACCAAUAGAUCGCAAUUGAAAUGAAGGAAAAAUGUCUCUGCUAAGGUCGGCACUCUGCAUAAAAUGUUUGCUCGAUAUUCAGUCUUAGGCAUAGCCUAUUGAAGGAAAGAUGGUUGUGAAACUCAUUAAAAUAACAAUAUAACUCAUUAUCUAUGUCAGUCAACGUUUAUUCAUAAAUCUGGUCCUUCACCGUCACGUGUGUAUUGUAUUUUUGCCAAAUCCACCAAUAGCAAUUUCCAAUUUCCAUAAACGUUGACCAACAUAGAUAAUGAAUUCUAGUAUUUUUGCACAAGUGAACAUAACAAAUCGACCAAUCAACUUGUAGGAUUUGUUAAAAGCGGGUGAAUAUAACAAAACAGGUGAAUAUAACAAAACAGGUGAAUAUAACAAGAAUAUUAAUAUUAAUAUUAAAAUUAAAAUUAAAAGAAGGUGAAUAUAACAAAAUCGAAAUUUUCAAAAUAGCGGUCAGUCGUUUUGUGGAAGUUACUGAUAAAGAAAUAAGCGAAAUUAAAAUAAAUUCAGUCCCAGAAAACACAAAAGACUUGUGUAAAAAUACUAAAACAAUUAUUCGCCUCAGGCUCGGUGAUUAUCGGGGAAUAUUCACCUCGACUUUGUCUCGACGAAAUAUUGUUAUUUUAAUGAGUUUCACAGCCAUCUUCCCUUCGAUAGGCUACGAUCCAGGCAAGAGUAAUUUUCGAGAAUAUUUUGUGACUGAAAAACAAGGGGGAAGAGUAACAUUUGUAAGACAAAGAGAAUAAGAUAGUAAAAACACCAUGCUCCCCAUGCUCUCCUUGUGCACUGUUUUUGGUUUACAGUACCUGCUGAAGAUAGUUAAUACUAUUGUUUUGCAACGACCUUUCAAGAACACCUCAGCUCGUGUUUAUUUCUGUUUCAAUAUCAGUUAAAGUUCUUGGAAAAGUCACAAAUGUUCCGUCAAUAACAUCUGGAAGUCUGGGAAUUGGUGGUAAAUCAUUAUCUACGAAUUCGACGUAUGCCAUUCUGGGAUAGCGACGUUUGGUUGGGUAUGGUAUAGGUGUUACUUUAACAAACCCACCAUAUCGAUCUUCAUACCUCGGAACUAACUCUUCAUACAAUUUGUGUAAAGCUUCUUCAUCCU